UAGGUGUUGUUUCGGGACCCUAGUUUGUAUCUCAAGGAUAUUUUCGUCGGAUAUUUUCGUCAGAAUAAAACGAUCAAUGUGACCGUCAUCAACGUCGUGAUCAGGAGCUUUCCUGGCAAAUCAUGCCGUUCGGAAAACGCUCCCCCACUCCUGAAAUAAAUCUGUACAUCUGAUACGAAAAUGCACAUUACAAACUCAAUCUCUCACUCUCUCUUUUCGAAUCUCACACGUCUGAAGAAAUCUUCAUCUCUACACUCUCUCUCUUAGUCAUCUCUGUAAUGGCGGUCAAUUCUGGCGAGGAGAGUCAAGAUGCCCAUAGCAUCUCAAUGUUGCCUGACAAAAGCAAAACCAAUAUGCAAUGUGAACCUCAGUUAGCUCUCUUAAGCCUAGUAGAAGUUCCCAAUCCAUUUAAGAGUGAGAUGUGCUUGGAUGCCCAAUUGAAUCAGAACUACAUCGAUUUACGGAUGAAAAAUCCAGAUGCUCAUUUACCAUGCAUUGUAAAAAUCGAUAUCGAGAAGGGGAACUUGGAGACUCCUAUGACCAAGGAGGAAACUGUAGAGAAGUUGAAGAGUGAGGGUCCACUAAUGAGACAGAUUAGCUUACACACGGGAGAGAAAUUCACGCAGAUUUUAAUGAAUUACAGCCUCAUGUUAACCAAGCUCCCUUUUAAAGAUAGAGCAAUGAUUGAGAGGGUUCAUGAUACGCCUAGUAACAAAUCGAGGAAAUAUAAGCGCUCCAACUCAUUCAAUUCAAGAAAAGUUGUUCUUCUUUUCUCAGUCUUGUCGAUUAUCGGAACAAUGAUACUAAUAUAUCUGACCCUGAGAGUGAGGCAGAAUGGAGGUGGGUCUGUUAGUGUCUGAUAAGGUUUUAGCUUCCUUCCAGACUCUCUGCUCUGAAGGAGUCUCUGUAGAUUGCUAUUAAGGGGAUUUUCUUUUCUUUAGUUUCUUUAGAUCUUCUUACUUUUGGGUUUUUUUUUUU